AUGGGCGGCGAGAAUAUGUCCACCACCGGCGCUGGCGAUGACAUCCUGCCUGUAACAUCUGUGCAUAAGCCAGCAGGUACGUCUGUUUCAAUGGACAUGCAUCCUGUUUUGUCUGCAAUCGCCCCAUACACAGAGGGUGUCUCUGUUACUCCUCCGGCAGCAUUGAGGGCACCUGGACAUAUCGAAGAGCACACAAAAACAGCAGACGUGGUCGGCGCAGAGAAGCACAUCCCCAUGAGACAUAUUGGGCCACAUGAACAGGACACACCUCAUAUUCUUCAAAGCCACCCGGACAAUAUUGAUAUAAGAUUGAUACCUAAAGUCGGUAUGACAUUUAGUAACGUGGACGAGGCGUAUAAUUUUUAUAGUCAAUAUGCAUACGAGGUAGGAUUUCCGUUGAAGAAAUAUAGGGAGCGGAAGAAUUGUAAAUGGUUGAACUGUUCAAUGGAAGGAAAGAAUGCUGAAAGGGUAGCUGGAAAUCCAAGGAUACGUAACACAUGUUCGAAACGAACACAGUGCAAGGCUGGGAUGAAACUUAAAAAAAUCUACGAUGAUGCUAAAGAGAAAGUUAUUUCUGUUCGGAUUGAUCUGGUAAACUAUGAGCAUAAUCAUGAAUUUUUGAAGAAAGAUACAGAAAAAGGGCAAUUGCAAUGCAACAAAACACAUGAUCGUGAAUAUAUGGAGUUCCUUAGUGCGAUGCAAGAAAGCAGGAUUCCACCACAUUGCAUUAUGGAUUUUGUUACAGAAAUGCAUGGUGGCCCAGAAAACGUUCCAAUAACCGUGCAGGACAUGAGUAACCUGUAAGUGUAUUAUGCAUUGACAAUAAUUGUAUUUUAUAUUACAUAAACAAUCGUAAUGUGUUGAGUUAGAUAUAGUGCAUAAUCAUUACAUUUUUUGACAGGAAAAAAGCAUGGCAAAGGGAGAGAA